AUGUACUUGUUUCUUCUGAUUCUUGUCCUUAUCGACUUCAUUGAUUCAGCUCCUCAAUGGGGUGGAGGCGGCCCAGGUGGCUGGAACGGACCAGGAGGUGGACUUGGACCAGGUGGAGGCAACCUUUGGGGAGGACUAGGGCCUCAGCUACCAAAUGAAGGAGGCAUGGGAGGUGGACGAGGGCCAGGUGGAGGCGGUCCUUGGGGAGGAGAAGGAGGACCAGGUCCUCAGCUACCAAACCAAGGAGGCAUGGGAGGUGGACCAAGUAGAGGUGGAGGCGGCCCUUGGGGAGGACAAGGAGGACCAGGUUACAUUCAUUAUUACGAUUAA